CGAUGGCGAAAACGUAAAGCUUAUGGAAGAUCACGAUAAUGGAGUUUCUUGUUCAGUUUUCAUGACUCCAUUGAAGAACUUAUUUCGCUAUAGUCAAGAAAUACCUUUGAAAAACCUUCAUGAGAGACUCAAUCACAUUAGCAUUUCAUUCAUUUCGCCUGAGAACAACAAGAUGUUUACCUUUACCCCAUAUCAUGUUGCGGAUGCAACAAAAGUCAAUGACAACGAACACGAUUCGUUAUUUGAUUCAGUCUUUAGAAAUAUUAAGUUCGUUGAGGAAAAAAUGAAGACGAUAUCAGUUACUGGCGCUACUGAUUCGAGUUUUUGUUACCGAAAAUGUGCCAAUUCAGACGAGAAUAAUUGUAAUUCAUUCUCGUUCUGUGUUUAUGAUGAUACAGUUGAAUGUCUUGUGUCUACCAAUGAAAAUAUUUCACCUCAAACAACAUCUUCUGAUGCCUCAUGUAUCACCUACUUAAUGGACAAUCUAGCAAAAUUUAAGAAAAUUCCGUCCAAAAGAUUCACCGAUAAUCAAAAUACUGUAUCAUUCGAUAGCUCUCUCGGAAAAUGUAAUAGCAAACAAGAAAAAUUGAAUAACAAUCAAAUUGGAAAGGAAGAUAAAGAAGUAACUACAGAAGAGAAAGGAACUCAGAUAGAGUCUGAUGCUGCUAGCCUUAUGAGUUGUGAAUCUUGUCCUACCUGUUGUAAAUCGUUGAAAACAACGGAUGAUAAAGGGUUGCAACAUCUUGAAACUUUCCAGCCUUAUCAAAUGCAUCUUGGUAGACCAAUAUUGAUUCCUGGUGUAAUUGAGGAUAAGCGUACACCUAAUUUGCCUAUUCCAGUAAAGAUUCCAGUGGUUCCCAAUUUAUCAUCCCAUAAUAUUGCCAGUAACAAGCAUAACAAGCAUGUUAAUAAGAAUACUCGGGAAGAGAAGGAAAACAUUUACAGUAUAAUAGGACCGACAACGACCAUGUAUACCACCAAAGCCAAUCUUCAUCAAUGUUAAUCCAAUAGUCAGAAUUAUGUAAAAUACAUUUGCGUCGAUUGUUCAAUGUUA